GAAAAGGGUCACGUGACGCCAUUACAACCGCCCCUGGACCUGCCCCUGGCACCACCUGAGCCAACCAGACCAGCUGCAUUUGCUGCCUCAAAAAAUUUCCCUCCCAAAACCACAACGAGCUUAGGCGAAUCCUCUCUCCUUCACCACUUCAUCAACUCGCCGCCCUCCCCUUCUCUUCUCUUUUUUCCCUUUCGGCAAUUGUAUUGUAUUCCCUGUAACUUAUACCCUUCUUUCACAAUGUCGGUCGCCUUCCGAUCAAUUGCGCCGUUUAUGCGCACGGCGCGCCAGGGCCUUCGCAACGGCAACGCUUCCCCCCUGCGUGCUGCCCUCAAGUCCCAGAACGUCACCAGCAUGUACAAUGCUUGCCGUAACUACGCCGUCUACGAGCGCUCCAAGCCCCACGUCAACAUUGGUACCAUUGGUCACGUCGAUCACGGCAAGACUACUCUCUCUGCUGCCAUCACCAAGCGCCAGGCUGAGAAGGGCUUCGCCAACUUCCUCGACUAUGGCUCCAUCGAUAAGGCCCCCGAAGAGCGCAAGCGUGGCAUCACCAUUUCCACUGCCCACAUCGAGUACUCUACCGAGAACCGCCACUACUCCCACGUCGACUGCCCCGGUCACGCCGAUUACAUCAAGAACAUGAUUACCGGUGCCGCCAACAUGGACGGCGCCAUCAUUGUCGUCGCCGCCUCUGACGGCCAGAUGCCCCAGACCCGUGAGCACUUGCUCCUUGCCCGUCAGGUCGGUGUCCAGAGACUGGUUGUCUUCGUCAACAAGGUCGACGCCAUUGAUGACCCUGAGAUGUUGGAGCUUGUCGAGAUGGAGAUGCGUGAGCUCCUCAGCAGCUACGGCUUCGAGGGUGACGACACCCCCGUCAUCAUGGGCUCUGCUCUGAUGGCCAUGAACAACCAGCGCCCCGAGAUUGGCUCUGAGAAGAUUGACGAGCUCCUUGCUGCUGUUGAUACCUGGAUCCCUACCCCCGAGCGUGACCUUGACAAGCCCUUCCUCAUGUCUGUCGAGGACGUCUUCUCCAUUGCCGGCCGUGGUACCGUCGUUUCUGGCCGUGUCGAGCGUGGUGUUCUCAAGCGUGAUGAGGACAUUGAGCUUGUCGGCAAGGGCAGCGAGCCCAUCAAGACCAAGGUCACCGAUAUCGAGACCUUCAAGAAGUCCUGCGAGCAGUCCCAGGCUGGUGACAACUCUGGUCUCCUCAUCCGUGGUGUCCGCCGUGAGGAUGUCCGCCGUGGUAUGGUUGUCUGCAAGCCCGGCACCGUCAAGUCUCACACUCAGUUCCUUGCCUCGCUCUACGUCCUCACUGCUGAGGAAGGUGGCCGCAAGACUGGCUUCCACGAGCACUACCGCCCCCAGCUCUACCUCCGUACCUCUGACGAGUCUAUUGACUUGACCUUCCCCGAGGGCACUGAGGACCCUCACUCCAAGAUGGUCAUGCCCGGUGACAACGUCGAGAUGGUCGUCACCAUGACCCAUCCCAACGCUGUUGAGAACGGCCAGCGCUUCAACAUCCGUGAGGGUGGCAAGACCGUCGCCACUGGUCUCAUUACCCGUAUCAUCAAGUAAGCUACUUACUUACUAGCUCAACUUGUACGGAUGAAUGCCAAAUUAGGAGGCGCCUGUCGCUCGUGGGAGCCGUUGUCGAGUGACAAAAAGUUGAGGAAGGCUGCUUAGGCACCUCACACACCAAAAAAGAAGGUGUCUGCAGCGCCAGACAUGUUCCACAGCUAUCCAUUGGAAGAUGGUGGUCUGUUGUAAAAUUCCCAAGGGUUAGCCUUGGAUCUCCACUCUGCUUCUCUCACCUGUCUUGCUAUUGUGUACUUUUAGACUGGAUGGAGGCAAUGAUAGAUUAAAAUAUAAUACGAAUAUGUCUUGCAAUACAAAACUUGAAUUAGUAUUUCGUGAA